CAUGUCCCUGAUUAUGCACCCCACUUAUGAUCUGUAGCCUUUCUUGUUGACCUUUUUUCCCUUUUCUCCAUUUCUGUGUAUUUGCUUGGAUAUUUCCUCUCAUGUCCUUGCCCUACCUCUCUUCCAAGUGUUAGUAUUACAAGGAGUUCCAACUCUUCCCACUUUCCACCCACCCAGAACUAGUAGACUUUCCUUUUUUUGGUUUUGGUUUUUCUUUUAACAAGUAGACUUUUCAAGCAUCAAAUCCCCCAGACCUCAUUCAGUAAGGUCCUCAUCUCUCUUUACCCAGAAUAUCAUCAAUGGAAUCCCUUGUAUCCAAGGGGAUGGCAUUCCCUGUGGAUUUGCUGAGUAAUUAUAGUCACGAAGAAUUAGAAAGCAAUUCAGAAGAAUACUUGACAGUCCUCAGGAGUGCAGACCCAGAUAAUCCAGAACAUUUUACUUGCCACGGUAAUCGGGUUCCAAUUAGCCUGUCAACUGUUGGCUUCGUCCCUCUUUAUGGUGGUGAUCAGAACCACAAAAUUCUUGCCCUUUUUGCACCAGAGGACUCACUUACAGCUGUGGCUCUGUACCUUGUUGAUCAUUGGUGGUCUGUUGAUGAUAUUGUGAAAACAUCACUUUCUUCUAGAGAAGGACUUCAGCAGGUGAAGAGUCUAGGGGAAAGAGUGGUGCUCUAUGUUUUGAAUCGAAUUAUUUAUAGAAAACGGGAAAUGGAAAGAAAUGAAGUCCCAUUCCUAUGCCAUAGUAGUACGGAUUAUGCUAAGCUUUUGUGGAAGAAAGGUGAAGCCAUUGGAUUUUAUUCAGUUAAACCUACAGGAAGCAAGUGUGCAUCCUAUCUCACUCAAAGUUACCAGCUUCCAGUGCUUGACACAAUGUUCAUAAGAAAGAACCAUCGGGGGAAAGAUUUGGGGCUACUGAUGCUGGAAGACUUUGUUGAUUCCUUUACAGAAGAUACACUUGGUCUACGGUUUCCACUAUCUUCUUUUAUGUAUACAGCUUGUAAACAGUAUUUUGAGAAGUACCCAGGAGAUCAUGACCUUCUUUGGGAAAUCGAAGGAACUGGACACUGGCAUCAGAGAAUACCCAUCACCAGUGCUUUACAAAGAGAAACAUUCAGACAUGGAGAGGUUCCCCAAAGUGAAAUGAGAAAACUUACAUAUGAAGACGGCGACUCUAUAUCCGAUUCAGGAAAUGAAACAGGAUGUGGAGAAAACAAACCCAGUGAAAUGCAGGUUGAUCCUGUAAAAGAAAGAAGUGUAUUAGAUACUUAUGCAAGUACAUCUGAAGGUUUGGAUAAAACACCUGUUAACCUUCAAAUAAGAAGCUCUCUUUUGAAGCGGCCAAAGAUUGGAAAGAAGUUUCAGGAUUCAGAUAUUAACCUUCUGGAAGAUGAGGAUGAAAAUACUCCCCAGGCUUCAUCUGUGGCUCCAAUGAACAGAUCGGAAUCUACUGCAUAUACAUCUGAGAGCUCAGAAGAUCUAGUUGAAGAUGAACCAGAUGAGAGUGUGGUUGAUUCUGAGCAGGAAACAAAAGAUAAAGAACAACACAUCCUAGAAACACAAGGGUCAAGUAAAUCAGUUCCACAGAAGCAAGAUGAUGAAGAGGAAUCUGAAUUAGAACCCCUGAAUGGUGAGGUAAUGGAAGAUACCCUAAAGACCUCACUAAAAACUGAAGAGGACACUGAUCAUGAUGCUUUGGAUGAAAAGUCAAAAGAGCAAUCUGAUCAUUCCAGUGAAGAAUCUGGAACACUCCCUGUUCCACCUGCGGUUGAAUCUACAAAGUCUCCUGAGGAUGUUGCACCUGAUAAGGCUGAGGAUGUCAUUGAUUCCAAAGUAGAGAAGGACAAAAGCCCACAUGAUGAAAAAGAGAACCCUGAAGAAAAAUCUCUUUCAGCUCCACGAAAAAAACCUUCUUUGGGAGAUUCUGAUAGUGUUGCCAUAAUCCCAAAGGAAGAACCAUCUGAUAAUGGUCUCGCAAACUCGGUGACUGGUGAAGCCUCAGAAGAAUCUGUUUCUGCAAAUGUGUCGCCCAAAACAACUUCCUCAUUGGAAGAUCAAGCAGAGGAAACGGUCCCUGAUUCCCAGGAAAAUUCAACAACCCCUUCUCAGAGCUCCCCUGUUGUGGUUGAACUUGAAGAUAUCCAAAACACAGGACAAAAGAAUCAGUCGGAAGAACAGUCUGAAGCCUCUUCAGAGCCUCUGGAUCAUUUCCCCCAGUCAACUGAGAAGGCUGCAGACAGCAGUUCUGAGGAGGUGGAAGUCGAAGUACCAGUAAUAGACAGGCGAAAUUUAAGAAGAAAGGCCAAAGGGUACAAAGGACCCGCCAAGAAAAAAACCAAGCUAGCUUAAAUGGUGGAAGAAAUAAUCAGUCUUAAAAAUCCUCUUUGUAACAAAGUUGUUGUAGUUUUUUAUAACAUGGUAGUUAGAGGAUGAACAUUUGUUGUUCCAAAAUUUCUGGUUGGAAUUAUUUAUGAUACAUUUUUUCCCCUCUUAUAGGAAUCAAGAUUCACCAUUCUUCUUAAUUUUUCUAGACAUUUUCAGCACUAUACAUAUACAUAUAUAUAUACACACACAUAUAUAUAAACUUUUUAUUUUUUAUCCACCACAUUCCUAUUUUGGGUCACCAAAUCAGAGUAUAAAUAAUCUUUAGCAGGUGGAGAUAAAUGGCCAUUACUUUUUUUUAAACUAUGAUAAAUACAAAGGUAGCAGAAUUUCCACUAUUUAUCACAGAAAUCAUCUUUUAUACUACAAGUUACACUUUUUUACUGAUGUUUUAAUACAAAAUAAGGUGUUUCACAAUCUUACUCUUAAAUAGCAAAAUUAAUUUCCAAACAGUUUUUAAAAGAUAGGAAUAUUUAAAAUGGCAACAUCUAAUCUAAAACUAUCACUAAAAUAGAAUUAAAAAGGUAACUGUCUUCAAGUGGCUGACAGCAUGACCAUUAAACUAUAUUAAAUCAAAAGAUAAGUAAAAUAGUGUUACUUGGGCUACUGAUUUCUGUCCAUUCUUCCAUCCAUUUGUAUAUAUGUUGGUAUAUAAACACACAUGCAUCUUGAGUCAUUCUGUGUUAUAAUCUGAUACUCCAAGUAAUAGGAGCAUCAAUCCUUUGGUGUUGGUUAAACAAAUUAUGUUUAAAUAAUGUUAAAUCCAUUAUUUUGGUAUAAAUUUUUUUUUGUGGUUCCACCACACUUGAAUUUAAUUUACCAGAUUCUAAGUCCCUUAAAGGGAGUUUCAGUUUUCACCCCAAUCAUGUAUUAUGUUAAAAUUUCUGACUUUGUGUACCUCAUUUUAAGACCUUUGCUUUGGUUUCCUUGGAGUUAACAUACCUUUUGUUGUGCCAGAUGGUGAUUUGUCCCAUGUUUUAGGAAAGAAAUAUUGGAGAUUAAGCACCACCCUUGAGUGUGUUUAUUGAGAAGUCCACUUACCAACCCAGCUGGUAGUAUGCCCUUUCCUGCUUCAUCAUUAAACCACAUUGAAUUCAAGAGCAAUGAAACCAUUUAACUGUCAAGAGGUCCUUUGACUUAACUCUGGAAUUUUUUUCUAACCUUGGUCUUACUCUAGCUUUCAACCAUCUCUAAUUCUUUGGGAAGAGCUCCCUUCAAUCUGGAAUUUUUCUUAUUGCCUUCUUUUGGCCUAUAGCCCUUGAUAGUUAAGUUGGGGUCUUUUGUUCCUGAAUGAUUUUCAUGCACCCACCCACCCCAUGUCUUGCAGUUCCAUAACCCACCUCAGUGUGAGUGGGUCUGCAGUAUGUAUUGUGGAUGCUGGUUAUGAAAUAUGCUGGAAGCUUUAGCCCUCACUCUGGCCCUGCUAAUAUCUCAUUGUCCUGGUUAAGAUCACGGCAGAUGGAAGUAGAAUUGGGGAUGUGACUCAUUCAUUCAGUGGUGACAUACUACUCUCAAAGCAUUCUAAGGCGUUAAGAAUGCUUCCCACCUCUGAAUUGUGACUUAGUUAUCAUAAUACCAUAACCUUUUCUAGUAGAAAUGGAAAUAAUCUCAAGUUGUCAAACAUCACAUUAAUUACUCUUUGGCAGUAUCAGUAAUGUGUUCAAUACAUAUAUAUAUAUAUACACACAUGUGGUUUAGAAAAAAAUAUUCAGAUCAAGAGAGGAACUUGGUAUGGUGAAUGUGAAAUGCCAUUUGGACCCUCUGGGGGGAUAGAUUAUGUUUUGAUUUUGCAUCAUUACUGAAGUUACUGAAGAUAGAUUGGGAAGCUUAUCUAUAUUUAGAUAAUGUUGAUUAAAUUCAAUAACUUUUUACACUUUGAGGGUUGGUAUUUUGGAAAAUAAGAACCCCAAAUUGCAGAGAUCAGAGGUCUUCAAGGCAAGCAAAUUAUCAAAGUUGUUUAUUACAUUUUUAGAUUUUGCCCUUUUCCAUAUUGGCUGUUUAUUGAACAGAAAUGAGCCAAAUGUCUUCAUUUUUACUCAAAUGAAUCAUACGACUUUUAACCAUGGCCAUUUAUCUGUUUUCUCAACAAAUGAUUAUUAACUCAAAAAUAUUGAACGAUUAAGACUAGUAAUGGUGUAUCAAUAAAAAACAAGCAGCACCCAUCCCAUUGUUAGAUUUUUUUUAUCAUGGUCUGAUUAGAAAUAUUUUGUUAAGACUUUCAUAAUGGAUAAAACUUAUUCAAGAUUUCUGUUAAUAGGUUAGGCUAAAUUCUUAAUUUGUGAUUUCCAUUUCUCUUGUGAAGUAAAUUUUAAGCACCUGCUUUUGAUCUUGGAGUUCAAGUUUAAAUUUCUAUCUGUUUUCUAACCUUAUUCUUAAUUUUCUUAGUACAUUGUUCUCAAAGUAUUUUGAUUUCCUUACACAGUGUGUGGGUUGUCCUUUGGGAUUCUAUCCACUUUGUCAGUCUGCAUCCAUUGUGCAUAUCUUCAUUAAGUUUACAAACCAGGAAACUGUUUGGAAAGAUGCAUUAAUCUGAAUUGUUUCUUCCACGUAUUGUUUGUAUAUGAUCACUGGGGAAUAGAAAUGUAAACCUAUUCAUGAUUGUUUUUAACUCCUAUAUACUCAAGUGAAUUUUAAGGAUUUCUUAAAAAAAAAAAUGUAAACCCUUUUCAUUCAGCCCAUCAGUAGAGUUUUUGUUAUAGUUGCCAUGGUUUACAUAUAGUACUACUGUUUAAAAUGCUACUUUCUGUGUGUGUAUGUGAUUAUUGUCUUGGGGGUAAAAAGUAGGGAAGGUUAGAAGUCAACUUUAACCAAUCCUUUUUAUGUAUAGUGACUUAAAAUGGGUACGGAAUUUGACUGCUUUUUAACUUCUGACAGAACUUACUUUUGUUAAAGAAUUUUGUGAACUUAAUUGGAUACUUAUUUGGUUUCCUCCAAGGAAAUACACAAAAUUUUCCAGUUAUGCAGAAAUGAAUGGUCCAAAUAGUCAUCAUUAUGUUUUCUAUUACCUGUAGAAUGUUUCACUAUGCCCUAACAAACCUUUGUGAAUUGGUUUUCUUCUCUAAAAAAUUCUAUUUUCUCUGUCAAGAAGGGAAUUCAGGUCCAUAUUUGUAUAUAUAGGCAUACAUACUUGAAAUUAUAUAUCUGAAUGUUAUGAACAAAAAUUCCACUUCCAUCAAAAGUUUAAAAUGGCAAUGAAAAUGCUAGUUAUGUCAGAAUAUAUAUUACAUAUAUAUAUAUAGAGAGAUUGAUAUUUAUAACCUCAAUGCCAUCAUUCAGAGUGGGGAGAGGGACUAUUUUGGUUUUUUAAAAAACAGAGCUUUACCUAAACAUUAUAAUUUAACUUCUAAGAAAUUUUGCUGCUAACACUUCUAACGUUUCCAUGCAAUGCAAAGGAUUAUACUGUGGUAAAGAUCAAACUUCCUGGUGCUUAAUGGGAUUAUAUUCAGUAUAAAACUAAGACUGCAGAGUCAUAAUUUGAAAUGCUUUUUACAUGAGUUUGGUAGAAAAUAUGUGAAAGGCAUCUAUUUGCAGAGAUUGGGAAUUUGGAUUUGGAACCAUGUUUAGGUAUUACACAUUUAUUUUGUCUCCAUUUUGUGUUUUGCUUUACUAAUUAGUUAUAAAAUUUUGAGGUUUGGUCAUACCAGCAGUCAAAUUGGAAUAGUACUCAAUGUAAAUAUUUAAUAUUGUGAGCAUGAUGCAACUGUGGAAUAGUAUUUUAGAAAUUUAAAAGUAUUCAGCAUUAUAUUUGUCUUCCUUUUUGGUUAGGAGCAGAGCAGUGUUUAUUGUUGUAACCUCAGUUGUGGAUGAGACUGUAGUUAAACAUUUUGUACUUUGUUCUAAUACAGGGGUGUGGGGUGGGGCUAGGAACCAUUUGCUGUUGUACUUAAUGUCUUCUUAAAGGUUUUCUUUGCAUAUUACAAAAUAUUAAAAAUAGGGGGAAAUGUUACAAAAAUUAAUUUGAUUUCUUUGACAUCUAUGGUCCUUAAAGGUCAAUCUCAGUUCUCAAGAAGCCAAUCUUGAAAUAUUCUUUACCUUCAAACACAAAAGGAUCAUUUACUGAACACAAUCUCUCUAUGCAGCAGCAACAUGGGUUUCAUACAGUAGUUCUUUAUUUAGAUCUGCAUAUUAUUUAUCAUGACAAAAGUACUUGUUAAAAUCCCAUUGUAAGCAAUAAAGAUUAGUCCAAGUUUCAGCUUCUGUGCUUUUAUUCUAAAAUAUUUUAUCAUGUUGAAUCUUCAUUUAUAGAAAAAAACCUUUUUCAUAAACUUCUUCAAGUGUUUUAUAAACUUGUUGGUACCAUGUUUAUAAAUCUGAUUGAAGAUAUGUCACUAUUCUUGAUUAUUAUUAAGUCUUGCUAGAUUUCUUAAGUUGCUUUGCUUUUGAAUUCCUGGGUUUGGGUUUGUUUUUUUUUUUGCUUUUGUUUUGUUUUUUGUUUUAGUGUUUGAAAGUAUUAAACCUAUUUUUUUUUUAUCGUUUUCUUGUUUGUUUUGAGAUUCUUUUCACUUGGUAAUUUUCUUGUCUGGACUUAUCACAAAAAAUUAUUCUUUUUUUUUUUCCCCCAGCUCUCUUAAUGGUAACAUACAUUCAGCUACUGAUUUUUAAAAAUAAACAGAUUCAAUGAAGGCAACUUUAGUUUGCAACUUAUCUCCACAUUAAGGCAGUAUUUAGGGGAAAGUGUUUUUAACUUGAUUACCUGAUUACCAAAAACCAAAAUAACUAGAAAGACUUUAAUCUGAAUUAUUUUGGGAAAUGGACACAUUUUCCACUUUCACAGAUCAAGAACUAGGAUUUUCCUGAGACUUAUUUAUCUAAAUAUUUGCUGGAGGCCAUCCUACCCUGACUGGCUGACAAGGUCACAGUCUGCAAAGCAGCUCCCAGAAAUUGAGGCCCCCACUGAUUCCCCCUCUGUGACUUCUCUCCCUAACUUCCUCCACUAAUGGACUUGCUAUGAUUACUAAUCUCUCCCCAGUACAGGAAAAAUAAUAUGAGAACAAAUACUUAAAAGGAUCAAUAAAUAUAUACUCCACUUUAAUCCCCCUAGAUUAGUACCCCCAAAAGAUUGCAAUCAAAACCCAAAUAUUAUUGCACAUAACUCCUCCUUUCUCAAGCACAAGAUACACUUCAAGGCUUUACAAUAAACACUGGCCAAAUGCUUGAACACCAUAAUAAAUCUUUCCUUAGAGUUAUCACACUCCAAUGAAUUUGUUGAUGAACAGAAUACCAGGCAGUAUUGAUAGGCACUUCAAAGUAACACAAGAAAAACAGAACUUGUAAAUUGAGGAAAACCCCAAAACUGGUCUGCUUUUAAGCCCUCACACCUAGAUAUGAAGAUGUUUUGUUAUUCAUCUCCUAAGCAAUUGUGAUUGAUAGUGAAAACUGAUCAAAAGCACAAUGAUCCUCUCAGGAGGUCAAGGGGUACUAAACUACAAAUGAUUUUACUCACAUUAUUCAUAUCUAUCAUGAGUGUUGUAGAAACAUAGUAAAUGCUCAGAGAAUUCUUUGUUGUAACAUCACAAGAGUGUUGUUUUGGUGAUUUGAUAAUAUCCAAUCAAUGUAGAAUGUCACAUAUGUAGAAGAUUAUGUGUCAAAGAAGCAUGUAUCUGAAAACAUAUAAUAAACGAACCACAGUAUUAUGGCAGAUCACUGUGUGUGAUGCCUGCAUACGUGGAUUGAAUACA